GUAUACUCGAUCAUUCAUGAGUUACAAACGCGUUAGAUGAAUCCCUACCUCGGCUUUUGGAAGUUAAAGCUAUUACUCGUAUUGUUUAAACUUUGUGGUAUUGACAUAUAUUUCUAAUUAUAAACUUAUCCAAUUAAACUAGACAUCUCGAUCCAACUGUGAAUUUUUAUAUAUGCCUAUGCUUGGAUUGUUAGAACAAUGUUCUUUAGCAGUGCUAUAACUGGUCGUAGGCAUAUCGAACUUAAGCAAAUGUGUUAAAUUGUAUUUUAAUAAUUAUUUAUUUUCGGAAAAUAUAUACUGCCCCAUUUGACUUAUAUUGAUUAUUGAGAGAUUAUGGAAACAACAAAUGACAUACCCAAUGUCUUUGUUAUGCUAAACGUUAAUGCUGGAAACGUGCAUGAAGAACGAAAUGUUUACUUUAUAAUGUUUAAUAGAAAAUAACUUUAGCAAAGUCUUUUAUUAUUGUAAUACAUAUGAAUUUUUUAAGGACAGUGGCUGAGAAAUGUUUCUUAUUCAAAAUAUUAAAUGUUCGCGGGCGACGGUCUGCCCCCCAGCAUCUGCCCGCAGUGCUACCACCAGGCCAGCGUGUCCUAUGAGUUCAAGAAGCAGGUGGAGAGCUGUGAUGCCGUGCUGCAAGAGUACCUCGUCAAGCAGCAGGAGGAGCAGAACCUCGCGGACACCAUCACACCCGCCAUGUUCGACGACUGGCAGUUCUCCCCGCUCAAGGUCGACGUGAAGGACAAGCCAGGGGAGGGACAGGAGCUCGGCGACAAGGCGGACAAUGUCUCUGAGGGGUCGCUGUGGUGCGAGGAUGUGAAGGAGCUGUCGGAACCCGCUCCGCCGAUCGCUGCCAGGAAGUCGCAGCGCAUCAAGGGCACGAGGGCCAAGCAAGAAGUCUCGGAGGCAGAGAGCUUCGCGGAUGUGGGCAAGGAGGAAGAGGAGGAGGAGGAAAUGGACGACCUCAAGUCGGAGAGAUUGUGCGAGUCGCCCGCGGGGGAUUGCAAGGAGCACAAGGAGUUCACGUGCGAGUACUGUGGCAAGGUGUUUGCGGCCGUGUUCAACCUGAACCGCCACCGCCAGAACAUGCACAUCAACGGCAACACGUUCCGCUGCGACCUGUGCAGCAAGAGCUUCUCGCUGGCGUCGGAGCUGGUGUGCCACAAGCGGAUACACACUGGCGAGCGGCCGUUCGGUUGCGACGACUGCGGUCGUCGGUUCAUCCGCGCGUCCACCCUGAAGUGCCACCGCCGGCUGCACACGGGAGAGAAGCCAUAUGUGUGCCACGUGUGCGGUGCCUGCUUCUCGCAGUGUUCGCUGCUCAUCCACCACCGCCGCCUCCACUCGGGCGAGAAGCCUUUCUGCUGCAAGGACUGCGGCAAGACCUUCGCGCAGUCGUCCAGCCUCAAGGUUCACGAACGUGUGCAUACAGGUGAAAAACCAUUCAGCUGUGAGCUGUGUGGCAAGGCGUUCUCUCAGUCUGCGAAUCUCAUGAUGCACAAGCGCAAGCACACCGGGGAGAAACCAUUCAUCUGCGAACAGUGCGGCAAGCGGUUCGCGCAAGCGGCCAACCUGAACCACCACAUACGCAUGCACUUGGGUGAGAAACCGUAUGGCUGCAACGAGUGCUGCAAGCGCUUCACGCACUCCGACUCACUCAAGAAGCACCGACUAACUCACACGGGCGAGAAGCCGUAUGCGUGCGAGCUGUGUGGGAAGGCAUUCGCCCAGUCCACCUACCUCAACAGCCACCGGCGAGUGCACACCCUGGAGAAACCAUACGGCUGCGAGUUGUGCGGCAAGAAGUUUGCCAACUCGUCCAACCUGCGCUGUCACAGACGGCUGCACACCGGAGAGAAGCCGUUUGCUUGCGAGGUGUGUGGCAAGGCGUUCUCCCAGCACUCCCCGCUGGUGCGGCAUCGCAAAACGCACACCCGAUGAGACAGUUUCCCACUCGCCUCGAGCGAGCCGCCCACAUUGGACGUGGCUGCGAGCACGCAUGGCACGGUCAUCACCACUUUGUGGUGAGCUGCCGUGCCGAGGUCGAGUGGGAGUUACUGCACUGAGGACAGUGGCGAGUUGUAUAAAGCUUAGUUUGUUACUGCUUUCAUAGAAACAGUUACUUCUCAUACAAGUUGAAUCUGAUGUUCAAACGUAGUGAUGGCCUGAUGUACGAUAAUAGUUAUGGUUAUCGAGGUAAAUAUGUAGUGUACGGAUUAUCGUCAAAAAUUUUUUAAAAAAUCUGAAGUAACUUUCAUUAUAUGCUCUUUUACGUCCUCUUUUCAUUACAGCCUGCGGAGAUAAGAAAUUCCAAUUAAUUUAGGAGAUAUCGAAUUUUUAAAUUUUAAUCACUAUACCUGUACAUUCACACGACAUUAACCAUUGUUUUGUGUUUACAAGUAUCAAUUGUUUUUUAUUGGAUAAUGUUGUCACGCGAUAGUUCGUGAUAGGCCAAUAUUCAAAUGAACCAAUAGGUGAUGAUUUAACAUUUAUUGUUCAAAACGAUGUGUAAUUACAACGGUCACUUAUUGGAUAUUGUUGCACGUAAAAAAAAUUACGUUCGUUCCUACUGUUAAUCCUUUGUUCCGGUUUGUUAGGUUAGGUCAGCUACAUUAUAAAUACUUUAAAACUAAACAACCAUUAAAAUUAAUUUUAUUAUUUUUAAUGUCUGUUCAGUUUCAAAGUAUUUAUAAUGUAGCUGACCUGACCUAAUCUACCUUUUUCCCGUUUUGUUAGGUCAGGUCAGUUACAUUAUAAAUACUUAAAACUAUACAACAAGUAAAAUUAAUUGAUUUUAUUUUUAAUUUCCAUUUAUUUUGAAGUAUUUAUAAUGUAACUAACCUUACCUAAUGGAAAAUAUCUGUUAUUUAGGCAUUCACGCACACACGGCAAAAUAUUAAAUUGCAGCGGUCGAAUGAUUACAUAGGUCUUGUAUUGCAAAAUAAGAACGACAAUAUCUCCAAAAGUAAUUAGAAUUUCUUAUCUCUGCAGGCUGUAAUGAAAAGAGGACGUAAAAGAGCAUAUAAUAAAAGUUAUUUCAGAUUUUUAAAAUUUUUUUUGACGAUAAUCCGUACACUACAUAUUUACAGUUAUCGGGAUUAUCAGUACUUUUCCUAUGCCGGUUAUUGGUGAAACAAAACUGAUAAUCGGUUACAUAAUUUUGAAGCCGCUUGGAAGAUUACAAAUGUAGUGUUUGUCUACUGCGUCUCAGGUUAUUGGUGUAUAAGCAACACAGCACUGGUAUCGCGGUGCUGUUUAUCUCUACUUCUGCCCUUCUUUAUUAUUUUUGUUGCAGUUCCAUACCCCCUCCUCACCUCCUUCUUAGAAUCUCUCUUAUUUUGGCAUUACAAACAUAAGCGGUUGGCCGAGGAAAAUAACUAAUACCCAUGCUAUCUGCAAACAAGUUUGCUUUUUAUAGGACGAUACCCAUGUACAGUCAUUAAAAAUAUAUCAAAACUGUCAGCACACAUAUACGGAUAAAUACAUGUCUUUAAAACAGCACACCGUGGGUUUAAAAGUUGAUAGUAUUUUAGGGUCCUGAAUCCAGAUGGUUGGUAAAUAAAAGGUUUUAUGAAAUAUAUUUUUAUCAUCAUUUUUAGCAAAUUAAUUUCAGUUUAUCUUUUGUUUACUCAAAAUUUGAGAUAGAAGAAAUACGGCAUGCAGACUCAAUCCCAAACAGUAUUCAAAAUGUGACUAAGAAAAGGAAAUUCGAUAUAUCUGGUGGAAAACAUUUAUUUACAACAUAGGAAUAAGAACUCCAAUAUCCUGAGAUGUUAUGACAUUCGGCUAGAUACUCGCAGCAUAGUAACAGUGCCCGCGAUGUUAAUACAACAGAUCGGACAAUUAUAUUUUUUCUAAUGACUAACAGAAAAUAGAUUGUCUCCUGUCAAGAGAAAAAAAAAACAACAUUGGCGCCUUUACACAAUCAUGCAUAUAUUGAAGAGAAAAAGAACAUAAAAAGGCAAGAUUUUACUAUCUGCUAUUUUCCUACUCUUAAAUUAAAAAAUAUAAAACACUUAAAUUAUGAAUAUUAUAGGCUACUUGCAUGAUAUAAUUUGAUUUAUAUUUUAUUUAUUGUUUGCACCACAGAAUAAGUUGUACAUUUUUGCGGCUCAGCAACUGGAACAGCUAGAAAUAAAUUACAGCCAGCUGCUUAUUCUGUAAACAAACAGCUGUUCCAACUAGACACACAGCUAUUUUUCUCCUCUCUAUUCAUUGCACCUAGUAUCUGAAUAUAUUUUAAAACCAUUAAAAUUAUUGGUUUUAAUGUAUUGGAUCAGUAAAAUAUUAAUUUUCGGAAGCUGUAUCGGAAUAUGUGUUUUCAGUACCGGGCCAUCACUAGUACAAAGUAAGUGGGAUAGUAAAUUAUAGAUACUCUGUGUGAAACAUGUCUACAAAUUAAUUUACAGGAACAAGAUAGUAUAUAUUUGAUUAAAAAUAUUAUAUAGUAAUUUCAUGAAAUUUAGAUGACAUUAGUAAAUUUGGUAGUUUUGUAAGUCACAAUUACUAAUCUUUGUAUCUAGCAGAGAUAUGCACUUUUGUAUAAUUAGCAUGGAUUGUAAUUAUAUUUUGGUAUCAUGUGUAUCAUUUCUUAGUAUGUGUGCAGGCAUGUUUUAGUGUUUCGUGAUUACACGUUUACUAGGUAAUGCAUUGUCUUGCCUACUACGUACUGUAUGUGAUGCUUGUACUGGUUUAUCUAAGUUUAUUAGUUUAAAACCUCUUAGGAAUGAAUAUGUUUUAUAGUUUAUACGAGCAUGUUCAUUUGAUUGCAUGAUGUCAAGAUGUUGCAGUAUUUGCCAUGUUUAAUUUUUCGUCAUAAAUAUGUGGCCAUUUAAGUUGCUCUGUGCUAAGACACUUGAAAGUUUGGCAGUCAUAACAGAUAAAGAUAUAAAUUCUUCUGACUACAUUCAUUAUCCAAAGAUGUUUUCAGGAACAAUAUAUGGUCUGAUAGGAUUUUGUGAGUGGCAAGAUGAGGAUUGUAGAGCGCUUUCAACGCCUUUCCUUUUCCUGGUUUCAAAAAGAAGACAUGUUUUAUGUCUGGGCUACACAGGCCAAUAAAAAUCACCAAAAGGUCUAUAUCUUCCCCCACCACUGUUAUAUAUUCAUUUGACGGGGUCAACUUAAGAGCUGUUUUGAUAAUUAGGAUGUCAGCAUCCUCUACAGCUUGCUGUGAAUACAUUUUUGCAUCAUGAAAUGUUUCCAUCAACAUUGAAAUCAACCGGUUUCUGUUUUCGCAAUUUGCAAGGAAACACUCCUGUGAGACAGUGGGCACCAUCGAUUCUGUAAAUGAUAUUGCAGCAGAUUGUUUUCUUUGUGCUCUUCUUAAUCGUUCUAUGUGGUUAAUGCUUUCACACGAUUCGUUAGGGUAGCCAUCGAAAAUGACAAUGGUAUUUGAGUUGUAGUUUGACUUGACAUAUGAUACAUAACUGCUGCAAAUUUCUGCAUAUGUCUGGCCAUGGUGCCAUUUGACCCGUUGUAACAAAAACCCUCCAUCGAUGACAUAUUUUGUAUUAUUCAAAUCUGCCUGUUCAAUCGGUGCAAAAGCCCUAUACAAACUCGAUUUUGUUCCUUUUCUCAUCCCAUGCUCAUCGAAAAGAGAGAGAGGGUAGGGGCUAAGUUCGUAAUGCAAAAAUUCUCGCAGAUCUUCAUCUGAAUGUAUCAAGAUGGUCAUUCGUUGAAAAAAUGUGAUUGGAUUGAUGACUACAGCCACUUCGUUUGAAUUUUACAGAUUGAAAAUCACCACCAACAAUGCGCUGUAUACCAUUCAUGCCCACCUCCUUGGAUAAGUGGCAGUUGAUUCUCUCAUCUGCGACAACACCUGUACUUAGUGAUAUUAGGUCAGUGGUCUCUGGGAAAGGAGGAUGCUCGUGGAACCAAUUCAGCAACUUGUGUGCAUCAAUAUUGUCUCGCUUUUGCAUAGUAUCUCUGCUGUCAACAUGUUGUUCUGACGUUGUGAGUUCCACUCCCGUAAAGUGCUCAAUCUCUUGGCACACAUUAUGCAGUACUGUCAUCCCUUGUGUCCACCUUGUCACAACACCGUCAGUUACUUCACGGCCAUGAGUGAGACCACCACUUGUCUUCAUUGACUUCAUUAGAGUUUGUUCAAUCACCAUAUCACUCCAGGUGCCACACCACAAUUUCUCACUCCUACGAAUGGUGAAACAUCCUUGGGUGGUGAAACACUCGUAUUCUGCAGAUGGCAUUGCAGUUUUCAAGGCAUGCAUGUCCUGGAGGUAAAUAUGGCUGCAUUUGGCAUACAGAUUAUGGCCACUAGCAUGGAAAGGAGUGUAUUGCAGUGGAGACAUUCCAUCUCCCUUCCUGCAUUACUAACUGUGUGAAGUAUAUUCACAGUAAAGACGAGUAAUGGAUCCGAAUGUAAAGUGUAAAAGAAAUAAGCAACGAGAGAGAAAUAAUAUAAUAAAUUAUAAUAAAAUAACGUUAUAAAAUAAGAGCACUUACUAGACGGGGCAGUUAUAAAAUCUUUUGUGGGGGUUGGGAGAGAAUAAAUAAAAAUAAAAAAAAGAUGUACAAGAUGGAAUUACAUUUGCACAGAAUUUAAAUACAAUAUUAUUAUAAAAGUGCUUUUUAGUACUGGAGAUGGCAUAACAAUUUAAACCCGGCUUCAUUGUAUUUAACUUUAAAAUAGGAGGGAUUCACUUAAUGACAGCCGUUAAUAAUAAUUUAGAGUUUUGGAGUGGAAAAAGUGGGGUUUUCUCGGAGAGAGCCAAUAUACAACAAUGUUCAACUAGAGCUUGAGCCCACACGGUUGGUCGGAGAAAAAAACAUAAAAAAGAAAAAUUUUAGGAAAUUUUAGAUACUUUCAUUUUGAAUAGAAAUGUUAUCUACAAAAAGUUGAUAGUUUUCGAGGCAUUAGCAAAAAACUGCCAACAAUUGAGAAUUUUUACCUUUUUUUUUUUAAUUUUUUUAAUGUUGCAUCACAAUAUGUUGUUAGCAAACCUCAAAUUCGGAUUCAGCACCCCAAAAAACAUAAGCAUGGAAGAAAUCAAAACUACCCCAAAACUUUCCUGCUAGGGACCCUUUUGAGAACAAAUUGACUGGAUUAUAACUCAGCUGCAGAAGGGAGAACCUUGUAUCAUGUCAUUCAAGGAUGCAGUUUAACAAUGCAAUAAGUAAUUAAGCUUUUUUUUCCUCUUUCUCGAUUAUGCCAAACUGCAACCAGUUGUGCAGUUUUGAAUGAAACAUGCCAAACGCACUGUUAACAUGCCUCCCACACCAACUGCAAUUAUGGCUCCCAGGUAGUGUUCGCCAGACUUAUUGUAGAAAAAAAAAUAAUGAUUCCGACAACCUAGGUCUAUCAUCCUCUAUGAAAAUGUCCUGUUUUUCAUAACUACCAGCAUUCUCACCGCAGUCUGCGCUACACAUAUAUAAGAGAAUAAAUUAUAUGAAAGACAAUUAGGGCACAAUCUAUGCUGAGUUAAUUUAUUGCUAUUAUUUCAUUCAUAUGUAUGUGGAUUGCAAAUUAUAGUUUCAUGCAAUACUGUAAUUCUAAUAGUUAAAAUACCUACUGCAAUCAAUCUUUUAUGCCACAUUUUUUAUAAUUUAUUUUAAUAUGUUCAAUUAUGGUAAUGUGUGCGUGAGUUACUACUUUUUACUGCCAAUAUGUUUUAGAACAUGCUGUUCCUGUAUAUAUUGAAUUAUUUUUAGCUAAACUAAUAUUAAUGAUAUUAAUAAGUGUGAGAAGUCUACGUGGUAAAUUUUACAAUAAAGUUUCAAGGAUUUAAACAUUGCUUGUUUUGUGUGGUUUAUGGAGAGAAUCAUAACGAUGUAAUAGAUGGAAAUUUCAUAGUUGAGUCAACAGCUUGGACACACCAAACAUUUUCUUUUAUAACAAAAAUUAAUAUUUAAUAGUUAUUAAAAAUUUUUUUAUAAUUUUCUUUUUUGAUUUGUACUGGGUUUGUAGGUAGACAAACUUAAGGCAGCCGACAGUUUUAUAGUAUUACCGAAAGCUCUAAUCCACUCAAAAAAUCUGCAUGGUUUGCAUCUGCGUGAUCUGCAAAAUGGACCACGCUAGCUCUAAUUUUUGCAUAACUAUUGUGGUUUCAUAUAAAAAUUACAUAUCAAAUUAUAUUGACAAAAUAAAUAACUAUGAUUCCAGCAUGAAUUUUCCUUAGUUAUAUGAAUACCAUAAAAAAUGCAACCCUUGCCUUAUCUGCAAGUAAAAAGUCUUAAAGCUUUUUACAAUUUUGGUUUUUGUAGAACUUAACAUUAAAUUUACAAAAAACUAUUGUUUCACUUUAAAAAAGUUCACUGUACCACUAAAAAAAAUUGUAAUGUUUUUUUUUUGGGUAUUUUUUUUUUAAAUUUAGCAAUAUUUAGCAUUGACAAAAAAUUUUUAACAUUUAAGAAACUAUCUAGGUACUGCUUAAUGUUUGGUUCCUUAUAGUUACUGUAUUAACUUACAGAUUUUUUGGGCCAAAAAAUCUAACAUUUUUACUGUAAAGGUUCCCUUGAAUAUGGGUCGUGUCAUAUAUCUCUCUCUCUCCAGUAGAAUACAAGUGAAGUCUCUACGGGUGUCUCAGCUUAUUGCACAGUAAGAAACACCAUACACAUGUCCUUCAUCUUUCCCCUUAUCAUCCUUUAUGGCCCUUCCUCCUUUUCCUUCCCCAAUGCCUUAGCACUAUCCAACAAUAAAUACAAAGGAAAAGUGUUUCCUCUCCCCCCCCCCCCCUCCCAGGCUAUUUUUUUUUACCCUUUAAGAGAGAAAAGACUACAGGCUAUUUCCUUGUCAAUAUUUUUGUCAGUUACACAGGCAUGCCCUUUACUGCAGUUUUGUCAUGAAUGAAAUGUUCAGUAGAAAGGAUAGGAAAUCUCACGCAAACAAUGUUUGAACACAGUUGCGUCACAAAAACCUGUCGAGAUAGAAACUUGAUGAUGGAUUAAGGGGCCAGUUCACGGACAUUUGCAACGAAGAGAGAGGGAGGGAGAACAAUAAAUACUGCGCAUGGCCACGCACGUGCACCCCCUCCCCUCUUUUUCACUGGAUGGUUUAUUUUUAGAUACUCCCUCUUGCAGAAAGUGGCAGACGGAAGUUCCUUACCAGCACCGCUGGGUAGCCGUCCGACAGGCGGCAGACGUAACUUAACAGCGCAGUUCAUGUUGCCUUACGCGUACUGCUGAGCUAUUUUAUUAAAAAUUUACUAAAAACCAGCAACACAGUCUAGUUAUUUAAUCACAUAGUCAACCAAAACAAUGCAGUGUUAAUUUUAUUUUACCCAAAAUGGAAAAUUUGCAUAGAGAUAGCAGUACAUUUUAUUAAACAAAAAUUGGCAUAAAAUCUGUAACCCAUACGUGGGUAAAUACGGUAUAUAAACCGCUGUUACUCACCACCUCCUGAACUACCACUUAAUUGAAAAACUACACGCUCUGCCUGUAAACUGCAUCACUUGUGUCACUUUAGUCAGAGCUUCCUGAACCUCAGCACAGGUGUGAGAGAUGAGAGAUGCAGGAUGACUUCCACUCUCCCAAACUGUGUAUCUCCACAUGCUUUGCUUUCUGAACAGCUGCUUUGGAACUACAGUCGUAAAACACAACUUUGUUUCUAAAUGGUGUUUCAAAAAAGACCUUGUAAAUCACUCUACUGAUGAAAGUGGCAUCAGAAAGGGUCUAGUAGAGAAUAUUGAAUAAAUUUAAUAAUUUAAAUAAUUUUCAAGUGUUAUGUACUUCAAUUGUGAUUUUCAAUUCCUACAGUUUUUUUUUGAACUUGUAAUCAAAUAGUUUGGGGUCGCAUUAUAUUCAUAUUAGCAUUAUUUUCAGGUAAAUACUGUACCUAUAUAAUUUGUUACAAGUUGGAGGUACCAGGUGGCUCAGUGAAUACCACAAUCUCUGAGGUCACACAGUAUUAAACCCUUUUGUUCAUGACACAUCAUUAUAUCAACUUUCAUAAGAAAAUCUGGCAUUAAAACUAAAGAAACGUUUCCUGCAUAUUAUUUACAAAAGAGAGUGCAAUAUAUAUUUUUAUAUAACCAACAUAUAGUUUGGUUUUGUUCAACUUUUGAUAUUUUUACUUAAAGUGGUUAUAUUACUGUGUAUUUAAUAGUACAUACAUGUUUAUAAUGUGUUUUACUUUUAAUAUUUUAAUGCUAUUGGUUGGUAUCCAUCUAUUUGAUUCACAAUUUACAUCAAUCUAGACAGUUAGGCAUGUCCAGACAGCCAAAUUUCUCCGCUGAAUGAAUUUUAAUGGAUGCUUGUUGUUGCCUAGUAGAGUCAACAAAAGUAAUGAGACCAAGUGUCUAAAACCCUCCAGGACUAAGAAACAGCAUGAGGUUUUGUGUGGCCUUCCGUUUUGUCUUCAUUGUUUAUUUUAAUUUUAUUUUCUUUGUGUUUGCAUUGUGUUGCUGUUGUUGGUUUAUUUUUUUCCUGUUUCCUAAUUUUUUGUCCUAGUUUUUGAUCAAGAUCAGCAUAUCUUUUGUAAUUUUUUUUUAAGAAUCUGUUGUCCAAAUCUGUAUUUACUGUACAAGUACAGUAAAACCUCUAUACAACAAAACUAAAGGGACAUAUCUUUUUAUUUAAUAAAGGCAUUAUUUAUUAAUAGGUGUAAUGAAACAAAGCUAGUAAGUCUGAUAUCAGAUUUUCCACUAUUCCUAGACACAAUAUGAAAAAAAUCGUUUCUCAGAAUCCAAAUGCAAUGUCAAAAUUGUAACAAUCACACACUAAAUUCUACAACUAUUACCUUCAUAUUAACAUGUCCCUUACUCCUGACUGCCAUGAAAUUGUCAGAUAAUCAGCACACAAUAAUCUGUGAAAAAACCUUUUUCUUGUUGGUGUCUGUGUUAGAUUGGGUUUCUGCUGUUUUUUUUUUUUUUUUUCACUUGUGUUGUCAUGUUGUUCCUUAUGAGUGUUGACUAUGUUGCAAAAUGUAACACAUUCAUUAUAAUUCAUUUCAUAUGGAGGUAAUUCAUCACAUUGUCUGUAAACUUAAAUGAAGACCCACACAUGUUCAUUUACUCUCUCUGCCCAUCACUUCAACUUAUAUUUUCUCAAUGAAGCAGUGUGUGCAAAUAUUUGUAGGUAUGUGCAAUUUUACAUUGAUAUUGAUUUCCUAUCACCAAAUUGUUGAUAGCUUGAUUUUUGCCUUUUUUUGGGACUGCCGUGAUUGUCAUAUUCAGAGUAAACAAUUUAAUUUAUAUUUCUAGAGCUUUUUAUAUGUCUUAAAGCUAGUUUUUUUGAAAAAUUUAUAGAUAAUUUAAUUAGUUAAUGUAAGUCAUUGUGUUCAUAAAAUAAGAUUUAUUUAUGAUGUAUGCAUGUACCAACAUUCAUACUGUACAUAAUUUGUAAAGUUUUUGUUUAAGAAUAAAUCAACCAAAUACUUGUUCAAUUGAGAUGGAUUUCUACAUAGAAUCUAGAUCACAUAGUAAAAGCUUGUGGUUAGACCCAUUUAUGUUAGCUAUGAUUUUAUUUCAGGGAAAGAUAUAUUUUUACUAGCUGCCCGACCCGGCUUCGCACGGUUGUAUUUAUGGGGGGGAAAAUGAGACCAAAUCUCCUAUUUACAGUUAUAAUAAAUGAAAUAAAAUGAAAAUUAAUUAAUUUUGACAAAAACUUAAUACAAUGCUUUGUAAUGUACCGAAGAAAAAACGAAUAGCACCGAUGGUUUCCCGACUCUCAAGCACGCAACGUUGUCAUGGAAACGAAGUACCCACUGUUUCCCGGGCUUAAACACCAAUCAACAUUGAUAAUCAGUUUAUUAUUAAUUAUAAAUUAUUAAGACUAUUAAUCGAAAUAAAAACUACCCUAUCUCUCAAGUUGGAAUCAAUUACACAUAAAUGCCAAUUUUCAUCGAAAUCGGUUGACUUGGUAAAGAGUUCACUGGACCUUUUUAGAAAUCAGAUGUAGUUAGUAAUUGUCUUCUUAAUUUGAAUAAUUUAUAUCACUUUCAAAUCCCGACCGACUUUGUUCUACCAGUGUAUAGUUAUUUACCUGUAUAUAUCUAAAAAUUGGUGGUCUGUAUUUAAUGAGUGAUGAGGACUACACUAACAAUGAAAUAGUCGUUGCCAUGGAGACGAAUGAAGCAUCAACAAUGCUACAGCCGUUGCCGUGGUGAUUUUCUGCCAACUCAUACAUACAUCACAUUAGAAAACUCUAAAAUUAUCAGAUUAAGACCAUUAAUCGAAAUAAAAACUAUCCUAUCUCUCAAGUUGGAAAAAAUUACACAUAAAUGCCAAUUUUCAUCGAAAUCGGUUAAGUGGUUUAGGAGGAGUAUGGCAAUUUUUGAUAUUUAAAGUACUUGCAAAAUUUCAACGGUGAUGAGGACUGCACUAACAAUGAAAUAGCCAUUGCCAUGGUGAUUUCCUACCAAAAACUGGAAAUAAAAAAAAAAAAUUUAGGGGUGGACUACCCCUAACAUUUAGGGGGAUGAAAAAUAGAUGUUGGCCGAUUCUCAUAGAUACCGGAUAAGCACAAAAAAUUUCAUCAAAAUCGGUCAAGCCGUUUCGGAGGAGUAUGGCAACGAAAACUGUGACACGAGAAUUUUAUAUAUAAGAUAUAUGUUUUCAGAGGAUUUUUGGGAAAAAAAUACAGAAAAAACGAAAAAAGAUUAAUUUUGAACCAUAUGCAUUAAAAAACCCUUACAUUACUAUUGAAACUAAACUAUGGGUCUUCAGUAGUAGCUGUAGGCAACGUGGCUUCUGUCACAUUGUCCACUAAUAUUUUGAAAAACUUUUCAAGAUUUAGCAGGUGGGGAGGGGAUAUAUCCCUCCAUCUACUCCUCCAGUGUCCACCACUGAUCUGGCAAAAAUUUACAACAGCACUUAAUGGUUUUCAGACCAUUUUUUUUAUAUGGUAGCCUAAAUGUGCAAUUUCAGUAAUAUUCUAGAACAAGCAACAAAAUUUAUGAAAGAAAAAUAGUUUAACGUAGAUACAAAAGCUAAGACUGUUAAGUGGUGACAUCCCUCCCGUAUUGAUACCCCUGGUCAGAUCUCAACCUCUGGCAACAUUUUUAGUUCAUUUGUAUGUUUGGGGAAAAGUUUGAAUGGGGUAAUUUAAUAUUGAAUGUUGUGUUUGAGGAGGACUGGCAAUAUCAAUCAAUAGCAAUGUACGCAAUAUUUUUUCAGAGUUACAUCUCAUUAUGAUACAAUCUAAACGUGAAAGGUGGAUAGUUUUGUGAGAUACUUUACCAUGUUGUUGCCCUGGAUGGGCUGGAAGGCAGGGAACUUGACUUUGAAGCAGGCUCGAAAAGCACUGAUGAUACCAAGUCCUGAAGUGGCUUCAACCAGCAGACACACGAAUAGUAGACCCAAAUGGAUCUAGAUAGCAUUCAUUGAUUCACACUUGAGGAUGGUGUACGAAUAGAGAGAGAGGCAUGCACACAAAUCGUGUGAUUUUCAUACACAUGAAGUCAUGAGGUUUUACUGGUUUUACCAGUUUCCUUUAAUGACAGAGGGAAAGCAAUGUUGCCAUACUUUUGACCGGCAUUAAAAACUUCAGAGCGUGAAUUACAUGGUGUUCAACUUUCUGAUUCAGACCUCUAAGACUUGGAAGAUUUUUCUGACAAUUUUACACUUUUGACAUUUCUGUUGAAGCAUUAAAAGAAUUAAAAUGUUAGUGAAUGCUUUGAUAUUAUAAAGUUUUUAAAAUAUCCAUUGAGUCUCUUUAAAAAUGUACUGAAAAUACCAUUUUUGGCCAUUUUUAAACAGCUUUGUGGACAAGAGCUAUAAACGAAUGUCCAUUCUGUUUUUAUAAAAACAUAGUGUAGUUAAUUGUUGUUGCCUUUUUCUCCCAUUUUCACGGUGGAAAAUGUUGAGUAAACUAACUAUAAUUAAGGCACUGCACACAUUUCUAGCAUACAGCUGGGCGCGCGGGACUGUCGAGUCUUGUGAGGGACUCGCGGGAACCAGCUUGGAAUGCAAAGAAGCGUCAAGGAGAAGACAAAUAGGAUCACACUAUCUGGCUGGGCAUCGCCGUGAUAGGCGAGGCAGUAUUGCCAGCCUCGUAAAUAUUCAUGUGACUCAUUAAAAAUUCCAGUUCUGCACCACAAUUUGUUAACAACAUGUUGCAGAACUAUCGGAAGUCAGCACGGCAAGAUUGUAUUUAGCUACGCUCAUUAAAAGAAAAUGGGCACCAUAAUAGCUUAACAGCCAAGAUAUUUAACAAUUGUGAAAUAAUUUAACACAGUGAACUAUAAAACUUGAUUUGUUGGUUCAAUAGUGUGUACCAAGUUAGAAUGCCUUCUUUUUCAUUUUUUUUUCUAAUCAAUCAUGUAACGUCAUUCCUGCCUUUCCUUACUUUGACUUUAUAUGGUAAAUGAAAAUGAACUCGUCUAUACUAUACAAGCUGAGUAUAUUUCUAGCAAGAAAACAUCAACUGGUAUGGCUGACAAGACUGAAACGCUGUCCACAUCUUCGGAAGUUAUAACAGUAGAGCAACUAGCACCCCAUGACAUUUGUAUCCUGUGGAUGAAUUAUUCACAGUUGUGUGUAAUCAUUUAUAGCAUAGUGGUUUGCACACCAAAUUUCAGUGCGAGAGGUUUAGGUGUAGGUAAAUGUAAGUUUUUUUUAAUGAGCCUUGAGGUAAAAAUUAUAAAUAGAAAUAAAUAACAUUUCAUGAGGGUGAGCUAGUGAUAAAUCUCUCAGAUGAUUCAACACUAAGUAAAUAAAAAGCCAAACUAAAAAAUUCUGUUUGAUAAAGAUAAGAAAUGCAGGACAUUAAAAAGCAUUUACCUACUUUGAAUGCAUAUAUUUGCUGAUAACUAUGAUAAAACCAUAGCAAGUUAAUAUUUUCCUUGCAUUUCAAACAUUUUAUAGCAAUUUAUAAAAUAAACCUUUUCAGACCGUUUAUAAUAUUUGCCUGUUUAAGUGGCAGAACAUAAUUAAGAAAAAAUAU